AUGCACUCGAACGGUAUUUCUCGUGGACACAACGGCGACAGUCGCCGAAGCAGUAUGGUCGAUGCAACCGGAAGAUUCUGCAGCCAACCGAUGACUGGAUCACCGGAGAUUCUCGUCGGACUCUGCUACGACGACAAGCACGAAGUUGUCUCUGUCUGCAUCGAGAAGGCAUCGUCUCUCGGAUCGGAUAACGCUCAUCCACCAGAUUCAUUCAUCAGAAUCAUCGGAAUCGACGAGUUCAACACAGAGCUUUCUCGUCAUAAGACUGACACUAUCAAGCACUCAACUCAACCAGUCUACAGUCAUCACUGCACUAUGAAAUUCUCAAAAGACAAAGUCGAAACCUCAACAGUUCGUGUUGAAGUCUGGACUGUCACCGGAAUCCUUCGUCGUAAAGUCCAGAUCGGAUCCAUUUCCAUCGGAUUCGCCUCUUCCACUCCAGACGCCAAUGAGCACUGGCACCAGAUGAUGCAGGGCGCCGGAAUCACCGUCUCCAAGUGGCACGCCAUCCAGGCUGAAUAA